AUGAUGCCGGGCCGCCCGAGCCCCCGCACCUGCGCCGACGACUGUUCCAUGACCGCGAGAGUCACGUUCAAGGACACGACCUGGGGCAUGCUGUACGCUGACCUGCAUGGGCUGCGGCACCCGGCCGCCGCAGAGGACCCGCGGUGCGCCCCACGGGGCGGAGCGGCGCCGCCCCGCACGGCGACCCGCGUCGGGACCGCCACCGGCGACGACGCCGGCGAGCCGCAGGUCGAGGUGUUGCUGCCGGCCCCUGCGCUUUGGCGCGGCCGUUUUCGCGCCGCCGACGCGGCGCCGCCCCGCACGGCGAUCCGCGUCGGGACCGCCACCGACGACGACGCCAGCGAGCCGCAGGCCGAGGUGCUGCCGGCCCCUGCGCUGUGGCGCGGCCGUUUUCGCGCCGCCGGCGCGUGGCCGGAGCGGGCCGCGCCCGGCCGCGGGGCCGGGGCGGCGGCCCCGCGGCGGCCGCCAGGGAUGCGCGUCCCCCUGGCGCGCGCCGGGGGCGGCGCCUUCGAGUGA